AUGGCUUCCAUUUCUGCAACAAUCCUUUGCAUGAUCUUCUUCUUCUCCAUUAUAACAUCAACCUUCUCAGCAUCAGUGGUGGAAGACCUCGCCAACUUACAACCACCUCCAGAUUUCAACUCCACAAUCACCACCAACUGCCUCCGCAACCCUUCCUUAAGAUACUGCAAUUCCUCCCCUGCAGCCUUAAACGAAAUCUUCAAAUCCACCAUUGUCGCCAGCCAUCUCUGCAACGAGUCGAAAAACCCCAACUGCGUCGAAUCAUUCCCCAAAAUCGACCUCGGAAGCCGCCCGAAGAUCACCCCCCUCUACUUGUCAUUCACUUUCUUCUGGAAGUUCUGCCCAUUAACCAUCUUGUCCAUUGAUUUGUCCAACAAUUCUAUAAAGGGUAGCUUUCCAGUUGAUGUUCUCCAUUGCACCCAAAUCCAAGCUCUUGAUUUGAGCCACAAUGGCCUUUCUGGGGAUGUCCCAAUCCACAGCUUCUCUCCCCUCACCAACCUCACACGUCUUAAUCUGUCAUACAAUCACUUUUCUGAGAGCAAAAUCUCUGAAACAGAGUUCUUCAAGCGCUUUGAUGCUUCAAGUUUCCUUCAUUCCGGCCUCCUCCCGGACCGGAACAAGUUUACCAUCAGGGCCGUGUUCUUACUGGUUUGUUUCCCUAUUUCUGUGAUUGUGAUGGUGGGUUGUUUCGGGUGGCUUUGCUUCAGGCGACCUGACCUUCUGCCGAGAGCGUUUGGUAGACAGAAUAAGUUCACACCGCCGAUGCUUAAGGCGGCGACCGGCGGGUUUUCGAGGAAGAAUUUGGUGGGAAAGAGCGAGGGAGUUGAUAUUUACAGAGGAGUUCUGAGAGAUGGGAGUGAAGCAAGGAUUGAGAUCUACUGGGAUGACGAUAUUUCAAGGGAAAGCCGGCAAAGAUUUGUUGAAGAAUGCAAGGUUCUUGCUCAAUUACGCCACAAGAACAUAGUCCGGGUGUUGGGGUGGUGUAAUGGAAGAAGACUGAGGGCAAUUGUCACGGAAUGGAUGGAGGCCAAGAAUGUUGAGAUAUGGCUGUUGGGGUCUUCUCCCCCAUGGAAGCACAGGUUGAAAAUAUUGAUGGGAGUUGUGGAAGGUGUGUGUUAUCUGCAGGAGGAAUGGCCUCAAGUUGGGUAUGAUCUCAGGACAGCUAGUCUUAUGUUGUCUGAUGACUUAGAGCCACUCAUUUCAAGGUUUAAGGUUGCAGAUCAAAGCAGCAGUACAAGGAAGAUUUACAAGUUUGGAGUAUUUCUACUGGAGUUGAUAGUGAACAGGAUGUCAAGUGAUGAGCUUGAGAGUGGGGAGCAGGGGUUUAUUGAUCAUAUCAGAGUGCAUUAUCCUGGAAAUAUAAGGAAGCUGAUUGAUGAAAAAAUGAAAGUGACAGAAAAUAGUAUUGAUCGAGUUAGACAGAUAAUAGGCAUAGGUUUAAUGUGCACAGAUCAGUCAAGCAAUCAUCAGCUGCACUUGGGUCAGAUUUGUGAUAUGAUAAUUAGAGCCUAUGAAUCUUGGGAUGUUUUGGAGUCUCCUACUCAUAAAAGAUCUCAUGGAGAUAGAGGCAAGGGGCACAAGGACAUACAAUCAUGA